AUGUUCGAGGGACACUUUCGAAGACGUGUUUUACUUUGUCUAGUCGUGAACGCGAUCCUGGUUGCUGGAUCGCCGCGGACCUACUCGAAUGGUGUACCGAGACGGAUCAGGCAUGCUUCCUGUUCCUCGUGUCGCCGAGACCGCCCAAGCGCCCUGGCAAAUUGGUACGCGCCGCCAUCUUCAGGCGAAUACCGUGGCGGCGACUCAGAGACCAGCGGAUGGCCCAGUGGCCAGCAGUUCCAACCAAGUGCCUCCUUUAAUUCGAAUCCCUAUUCGUACAAUCCCCCGAAUCCGUACAUCCGAGCCCCUGGAGGCCGAGGCGGCCCAGGGAUCAACAGGUCCGGGGGCACCUGCAAACGCGAGAAUCCCUUCGAGCCCAGGAACGUCAAUUCUAACGUGGCUGCUGCACCAGCCGCCCCUGUUCACGGUCUAGUCACGCCAGCGACACCCUACCAGCCUCGCCGCCCGAUGUCCAGGAGCCUGGAUAGGUCCUCGUACAGAAAGCCUAACUUCCACGACCUGAUCAAACGUCAGUUUGAGACGCCAGUGAACGAGGAAUACCCUGAAUACGAUACUCCUAUAGCGAGGCCUUCUUUGGAGGAUCCUACAACGAAAUUGGGCGUCGUCUACAGAGCUGACAAGCAGGAUGUUGAUCCUGAUGAGGAUGAACACGGCUAUCUUUAUCCGUCAGACUAUCCUAGGCCACUGGACUUUCCUUUGCCUGAUGAAAGGGGACAAGCACCUCAGAUGGCUCAGAGGUUCGUUCAACCACACAGUGAUCAGAGACAGUAUGGUAUGAUUGAUGGGUUUGGUCAGCCUCAAAGGGAUCAGAGGGAUUCCAUCGUAGCUGAUAGGUUUGGCCAGCCCCAGAGGGAUCAGUCUAGGGACUACAAUAUGGCUGAGAGGUUCGUUCAGCCUCAAAGGGAUCAGUCUAGGGAUUCGAUCAUGCCUGACAGGUUCGUUCAACCUCAAAGAGAUCAAAGGGAUUCCAUCAUGGCUGACAGAUUCGACCAGCCUCAAAGGGAUCAGAGGGAAUCCAUCAUGGCUGAAAGGUUCGUUCAAGCUCAAAGAGAUCAAAGGGAUUCCAUCAUGACUCACACAUUCGACCAGCCUCAAAGGGAUCAGAGGGAAUCCAUCAUGCCUGAAAGGUUCGUUCAAGCUCAAAGAGAUCAAAGGGAUUCCAUAAUGGCUGACAGAUUCGACCAGCCUCAAAGGGAUCAGAGGGAAUCCAUCAUGGCUGAAAGAUUCGUUCAAGCUCAAAGAGAUCAAAGGGAUUCCAUCAUGACUGACAGAUUCGACCAGCCUCAAAGGGAUCAGAGGGAAUCCAUCAUGGCUGAAAGGUUCGUUCAAGCUCAAAGAGAUCAAAGGGAUUCCAUAAUGGCUGACAGAUUCGACCAGCCUCAAAGGGAUCAGAGGGAAUCCAUCAUGGCUGAAAGAUUCGUUCAAGCUCAAAGAGAUCAGAGGGAUUCCAUCAUGGCUGAGAGGUUCGAUCAGCCGAAAAGUGAUCAGUCUAGGGACUACAGCAUGGUGCAUGUGCCAGAGGUCAGGUUCAACCCCUAUAACCUACCACCGGAGCUGAACGUUCUGAAACUGAUGCAGACGAUCAACAGAGAUGGAAUCGUGGUCGGCAACGAUAGCACGUGGGAGGACCAGAAACUGGAAGCUGAGAGGAGUUCGCCGAAGGUCGUGGAGAAUGACGACGUGGAAGAGGCUGGGGCUGUUAAGGAGAUGAAUGACAGCGAUCACGCUAAUGGGGGCUUCGAUUCGCAAGAGGAGAAGCUACCAGAGAAGUUCCAGGAGAGGAGGGAUCUGGAGGAUUGGGGAGUCCAUGCGGAGAAGCUGGAGGUGCAGCAGGUUUCGAUUUCCACGGAAAGUCUUCUGGUAGAAUCUAGCACCGAAUCUUCAAUUCUUGACUUGUCCAAUCGGGAAUAUAAACUGAUGGCUUGAUGUUUUGGUUGUGUAUGUUGGACUCCAUUAAAAGAGGCUAGGGAAUUGUUGUUGUGUAAUUGGAUGCUAGCUAAUUUUGUUGAUAAGUUGUUUAUAUGGAAUUGUGAGAACACAAACGUGUAGUGAUUUAAGCAUUUACCUAAAAAUAGAUUAUACAAAUUUUAGUAUUCAUUAUAUAAAGUAUAAAUCUGUGAGUCAUUGAGUAGCUUUUGUCUACAGUUAGCAACCCUAGUCUCUUUCUACUGAAUAUUUUUAUUGCAUCAUGCAAACGACUGUAAUAAUUGUACGAGCUUGAAUAAAGAUUAUUAUUAUUGUAAGAAUUU